AUGGAAGAUCCUCAGGGACACAGCCAACCGGAACCUCCAACGUCUCCCACAUCGCAUUCCCAAUCUCAGUGCACAUCCACCACCUGCGCCAAGUGCGGCGGCCCGACUAGCUUCCCUCCGCCGCCUCAAGGGUCCUGGUCCGAAGUGUCCCCUCCGCCAGUCUACCGCCCGAUUCGAGCUCCGGCGAUCAACCUUCCUCCGGCGAACCAGUCCCAAGCUAUAAUGCUCGCUCCCGUUCCUCAACGCCGAAGCGUCCCCGUCGUUUCCCCCCCUUACGAAUUCCAGCCCCCUUUGAGGAAAAUCCAGUCCCCGGACGACAUCCGGCGCUUCCAUGACUCUGAAUCGGGGAAGAACUUUAUCGGUUUCGUCGUUGCUCUCUCUGAAGCCAUCCCCAGUCGCUGUCACGGCUUGCUUCUCAAAUGUUAG